AUGAGUUACUUCCUGUCUUACUGCAAAACUCAUGGGAGCUCUCUUCUCACCGGCUACCAAGCCCUCCGUGCUGAGGGCUUCUUGUGUGAUGUGACAUUAAAGGCCGAGGGCAGUGAGUUCCCAGCGCACAGGUCACUUCUGGCAUGCUCCAGCGACUACUUUAGGGCCCUGUUCAAGAGUCACACCCAGGAAUCGCAGGCUCCUGUAAUUCACCUGCAUGUGCCAUCGGCAGCCGGUCUCCAGCGCCUGCUGGACUUCAUCUACACUGCCUGGCUGCCCCUCUCCAUGGACACUGUGGAGGACACUCUGGAGGCCGCCAGCUACCUGCAAGUCACUGAGGCCUUGGGGCUGUGUGGCCACUACCUGGAACGCCAUCUUGCCCCAGAGAAUUGCUGCUUCACUGCAAAUGUGGCUGCUCGCUUUGGCCUGGCCCGUACCUUAGGUGCAGCUGAGCACUACAUUGUGAGCCACCUGCGGGAGCUGUUUCUGAUGGGCGCUGGCCCCUCAGGGCUGCUGGAACUCAAUCCUGUAUCAAUGAAGGCCGUACUGGGUACCCCUGAUGUGACACGGGUGGCUGAGACGCAGCUGCUGGGCCUGGCACUAGCCUGGCUGCGGCAGGAGCCCACAGCCCAGCGCCUGGCACACAGUUCAGCACUGCUGGGAUGUAUCCGCUUUGGCCUGGUGCCUGCUGGUGUGCUGCGGCGUGUGUACUCAGGCUCUGGUCUUACUUUACCUACUGGGAUCAAGGGCCUCAUCAUCCAGGCCCUCAAUUACCACACAGCACCCUCCCGCCAGCCGCUCCUGCAGGGAGAACAGACUAGUGUCAGGAGUCCCCAGACCCGCAUAUUGCUGGUUGGUGGUCUCAGAGCUAGGGAGACAGCAACUGAGGAAAUCAUGGUUCUACCAGAGGUAGUUCGAAAUCGGCACCCUGCACCUGAACCGGAAGAAGAGGAGGGAGAGGAGGAAGAAGAAAUGGAGGAAGAGGAGUGGGAGCUCACCCAGGAUGUGGUUUCCUUCGACGUGUACAACCACAGCUGGCGCAGCCUGACACGGCUGCCCACACCACUGUUAGGUCACAGUGUAUGUACCACUGGCAACUUCCUAUUUGUCCUCGGAGGGGAGAGCCUUUCUGGCAGCCAAUCUACUUCCCUGGCUGAUGGCCCAAGGUCAGUCACGGCCUUAGUACACCGUUAUGACCCACGCUUCCACACUUGGACAGAGGUGCCUGCCAUGAGAGAAGCACGGGCUUAUUUCUGGUGUGGUGUGGUAGGAGAGAGUCUCCUGGCUGUUGGGGGCCUGGGCACCAGGGGUGAGGCACUGGCCUCUGUGGAGAUGUACGACCUUCGCAGGGACCGCUGGAUGGCAGCUGGAGAGCUACCUCGGGCACUGCAUGGUCACGCAGGUGCAGUUGGGGACCAUGGUGUCGUGUACAUCUCUGGGGGCAAGGCUGGGAGAGGUGAAGGAGGUACAAGUAGCCUCCGGGAUAUGUAUUCCCUUAGCCCCGGAGAGAAGGCAUGGAGCAAGAGAGCACCCAUGGGUACAGCUCGCUAUGGGCACUACCUUGCGGUGCUGCGAGGUGCAGUGUUUGCCUUCUUGGGAAGAUAUGAGCCCUUCUCUGAGAUUGAACGCUAUGACCCCAGCACAGACCAGUGGACUCGGUUGCGGUCGCUACCCUAUGACCGCUUCUGCUAUGGACUUGCUGUGGUAGAAGAGACAGUGCUGCUCCUGGGUGGUCUCAAGUGGCGGGAUUCACGCCAGGUGCCAACCCGUAACGUAGUGGGCUAUGACCUUGACUUGGACCGUUGGGAAGACAUAGGCUGUGUGCUUCCCUGGGCAUGGAGUGGCCUUCAGUGUGUAGUCCUGCAGCUGGCUGGGGGUGGGGAGGAGACAAGGGAGGGAGACCCUGGAGAGGUGUUAGAUAUAGUGCUGGAGUGACCAGGUGAGUCCAGUUUUCAGGGGGCCUAAGAGAAAGUUGUUCUUGACCUUGCCUGCAGAGCAAUGUCUUUUCCCCUAAGAGCUGGGACUCUGAUAAAGCUCUUCUGAGGGGUAAGGAGGCAAAUAAGGUCUUGGUCAAAGAAUAACGAUUCCCCUUCAACUGCAAAGGGCAGUCAGGAAUGGUCAAAUGCAACGAUAUGAAUCAGUAUUAGUUAACUC